AUGGCAGAUCCUUUAUGUCUGGAGUUAGCAGUUGAGAUCAUGAAGGUCACCCAAAUGCCCAAGCAUGAACAGAUUCAGAGCAAAAGAGAAGAAAAGAAGUUGAAAAGGUGGGGGACAGAAUCGCAAAGGCGCUGCCUCCACUUUUUUUUCCUUUCCCCUCCCCGACACAACCCUUGGCGCUGCCGCCUCCCGACACCCGUCCGUCCGUCCCGAACGCCAUCCGCGGGCAGCUCCGCAUCUCCGCCGGGCGGGGCCGGUAGCCCAGGUACAGCCCGGCCCGGCCCGGCCCCUCCCCGCCUCCUCCGCUGAUACAAAAGCGGCCGCCGGAGCUCCCGGUGCGGCUGCCGCCGCUCCUCCGUGCCCGCUGCGGAGCCGCCGGGCCCCCGCGCAUGGGGGCCGCCCCCGGACAUGCCCUCCUCGCCGCUCGGCUUCGCUCUCCUGCUGCUGGCGGCCGCUGGAAGGUCGCUCCCGGUGAGGCGGAGUUCAGAUGGGUCCCUUUCUGAGGUUGUGCAGAAAUGGAAGGAGUAUCAGCUCCAGUGCCAGAAAUACUUGUAUGAGACACCCCCCAUUGUGGCAGAGGGCAAGUUUUGCAACAGAACAUUUGAUGAUUAUGCCUGCUGGCCAGAUGGAUUGCCUGGCACCUAUGUGAAUGUCAGCUGCCCCUGGUAUCUUCCCUGGGCUAAUGCAGUGCUGCAUGGGCAGGUGUAUCGCUUCUGCACCUUGGAGGGGACCUGGCUGCUGAAGGAGAAUUCCACCCUGCCCUGGAGGAAUCUGUCUGAGUGUGAGCCCUCUGACCAGGAUGCACCAGAAGAACAGCUCCUGAAUUUGUCCAUCAUAUACACCAUUGGAUAUGCUCUUUCCUUCUCUGCCCUUGUAAUAGCAACUGCCAUUCUUCUUGGAUUCAGACAUCUGCACUGCACAAGGAAUUACAUUCACCUGAACCUCUUCACCUCUUUUAUCCUCCGGGCUAUAUCUGUUUUCAUUAAGGACUCGGUGGUGAAGUGGAUGUACAGCACAGCCACACAAGAGUACCAGUGGGAAGGGCUUAUAGCCUUCCAGGAAUCACUCAGCUGCCGUUUGGUCUUUGUGAUGAUGCAGUAUUGUGUGGCUGCAAACUACUACUGGCUGCUGGUGGAAGGCAUGUACCUGUACACACUGCUGGUACUUUCCGUCUUCUCCGAGCAGAGGAUUUUCCGCCUUUAUCUCUGCAUUGGCUGGGGUGUGCCAAUGCUGUUUGUUAUCCUCUGGGGAACUGUCAAGUACCUUUAUGAAGAUGAGGGCUGCUGGACCAGAAACUAUAAUAUGAAUUACUGGCUAAUCAUCAGACUGCCCAUUCUCAUCGCCAUUGGGGUGAAUUUCCUCAUCUUCAUCAGAGUUAUAUGCAUCAUCAUUGCCAAACUGCAGGCUAAUUUGAUGUGCAAAACUGACAUAAAAUGCAGGCUGGCCAAGUCUACGCUGACUCUGAUCCCACUGCUGGGGACCCAUGAGGUCAUCUUUGCCUUUAUUACUGAUGAGCAUGCCAGAGGGAUGCUGCGCUUUGUGAAGCUUUUUACUGAGCUCUCCUUUGCUUCGUUCCAGGGGCUGAUGGUUGCAAUUCUUUACUGUUUCAUCAAUAAUGAGGUUCAGAUGGAGUUUCGGAAAAGCUGGGAGCGCUGGAGAUUGGAACACUUGUAUGUCCAGAGAGACAGCAGUAUGAAACCUCUGAAGUGUCCAGCCAACAGCAUCAGUAGUGGGGGCACAGUAGGCAGCAGUGUCUAUGCUGCCACUUGUCAGGCCACAUUCAGCUGA